AUGGGUUUACUCUCUCGUCUUAUAGACCUGUCAGAUCUCGCCCUAAUAGAUUCGGAUAUUCAACCGGAUUCCGUUAAGGUUCCGAGACAGGGACUUGUUCCCGGUUAUUCCGAUGGUAUUACAGCCUUGGCUUUACCUAUCGUAGCAUACUGGACGUAUUCGUCGUUCUUUCAUAUUAUGGAUGUUUAUAGGCUUGCAGAAGGUCAUAGAAUUCAUCCUACUGAGGAGAUGCUAAAGAAAAAUAGAGCUACUCAGUAUGAGGUGGUGAGAGAUGUCAUUAUCCAGCAUAUAAUCCAGACCAUCACAGGUUUCUUGGCAUUUUCUUUGGAUACUCAAGAGUAUACCGGCUAUGAGAACUCUGAAAUUUGGGACUUGAGACAGAAAGUUCCAAGUAUCAUUCCUACUUGGCUUCUUUAUAUUGGUUAUUGGUACCUAAUUCCUUUAGUUCGAAUCUCCAUUGGCUUUGUUAUUAUCGAUACUUGGCAGUUCACUUUGCACAGAUUUAUGCAUCAGCAUCCUUUUAUGUACAGGCAUUUCCAUUCCAGACAUCACCAAUUAUACGUUCCUUAUGCUUAUGGUGCCUUGUUCAACCAUCCUUUGGAAGGCUUGUUGUUGGAUACCGUGGGAACUGGUGUCGCGUCAAUGGCAGUCAAACUUUCUCAGAGAGAAUGCAUUUUCUUGUACACAUUCUCCACCAUGAAGACUGUUGAUGACCAUUGUGGAUACUCGUUCUCGUUUGAUCUUUUCCAAAGACUCUUUCCUAACAACUCAAUCUAUCAUGACAUCCAUCACCAGCACUUUGGUAUCAAGUACAACUAUUCCCAGCCCUUUUUCACUUUCUGGGACCGUUUAUUUGGCACUAGAUUCACUGGUACCGAUGCUUACACCGAUAAGAAUGGUAAGAUUACUCUGGAAGGUUAUCAUCGAUUCCUGAUGGACAGAACAAGCAAGAGAAAAGAGAUUGCUAAAGAAUAUCAUACCCAAUUCCAUGAAAUUUCUGGUUCCGAAGACGAGGAGGAUUCUCCAGAAAACCCUAUCAACCAGAAGAAGAAGAGUCAGUAG